AGAACUUUAUGAUGUUAUUUUAACAAUGCCAUGAAUAUCAUCAAUAAAAUCAAAUCCUUGCUCAAUAAAUCGAGGGUUUCAAAGAUGAAAAUGAUGAUUUAACCAGGGGUUUUGCAUUUACUAUUAUUUUAGAGUGCCAACACUUAGAAGGUUAAUCGGAGUAGUAAAUAAAAUAUAUCAAUUGCGUGAAAUAACUCAAUCUAAAAACAGAAGAAACGCUAGAAAAAUUAUAGGUCUAUCAGGAAGAAUUGAAGCAACUAUUACAUAGAGGAAAGCAAGACCAAGGACCUAAAUUUGAUCCAAUUGAAUUUAUUAAAAGUGUAACAACUGCAUAGAAAUAAAUUGAUAUUUCUAAUAAAGAAUAAGACGAAAUUGAAUAAAGUAAUAAUUUGUGCUAAAAAAAGACGUAUCUUUCACACAAGAGAUUAAUCAAAAUCCAUAGAAUCAAUAAACGGAGAUAUAAUAAAAACAAGGCUUUUCUUUUAAAUAUAGUUAUUUGGCAGCGAUUACAGCAUCAUUAGUAUUAGGAGUUAUUAUAAAAAAAAAAUUACUCUGA